AUGAAUCAAGGACAGGAUAAUGAGAAUGACAAUGAUUUCCCCUGGAUAUCUUUAUGGAAAAUUCAAAUUAUCCCAAGAAUUAGACUAUUCAUAUGGAAGUUAAUUCAAAAGGCCUUACCCACAAAAAGUAGACUGGCAGCACGCAAUUCGGAAAUCUCGCCAAAUUGCCCCAUGUGCAAUUCUCAAGAGGUGGAAACGGAAACACAUCUUUUCAAAAAUUUCCCUUUCGCGAGGGCCAUAUGGUUUGGGUGCUCUCUAGAUGCAGCAAAUACGCAAAUCUUCACAGCUUCGAUCGAGGAAUGGGUUAAAACUUGGAUUGAAGACCCAAAUUUCUCUAUGUUCAAGGAAAAAAUUGCUACUAUUACGUGGUUUAUUUGGAAAUACAGGUGUGAGGUAGUUUUUCAGCAAACAAACCCAGAUCCCAUAAGACUGAUCAAACAAAUCAACAACUUCAUGAAAGAGGCAAACACAAAGGAUAAUCUUUUGACUAAAAAAGGAACUAAGUCUAAUAGAUCCUCUUGGUCGGACUUCAAUUCGGAUUGGAUAAUAUUUGUUGAUGCUUCUUUUAAAAAGGAGGACUCUUCUAUGGGAUACGAUUUCAUCCUUUACUCAACGGACCAAGAAGCGUUCAUGCAUAUUUCAGUGGGGUCGGAGUUGGCUUUCACAACUGUUCAUGCAGAAGCAAACACGCUCCUAAGAGCUUUGAAAUGGUUAGAAGAAAAUCUCCUCUCAAGUGUUACAAUAGACACAGAUUGCAAAAUCUUAGUCGAUUCUAUCAACAAUGCUGGUGAGAUCACUUCUAGGGUAACUGAGAACACUGUUGAAGACAUUAUGCAAAUUCUAAAAAGACUUCCCCAAGGAAAAAUCAGACACAUAAUCAGGGACCGUAAUGCAGCGGCGGACUCAAUAGCUAAAGAAGCGAGGAUUUCAAGAUCCCAACACAAGAAUAGACACAUUCACCAGAAGGUCAAAAAGGAGAGUAUCAUCUCCAAUAUAUUUGAAAAAAAAUGA